UCCUAUUUUAUUUGUUUAUUUCUUAAAAUAUCGGUCACUGGCUAUUGCCAGUAACAGGUCUCUCUUCCGGGUCUCCUGUGGCGCCAACAGUUGCAUGUGUUACAGCUACUUCCGGUUACUCUAAAUCAAUUCCCAUCUCUCCCUGGUUAUUUUGUACAGGUAUUUGCCUUUCAUAAUGAAGGGGUCCAAGGGUAAGGGAACAUCAAGGGUUUCCAAAGAAGCUUUGAAGCCAGUCGAUGAUAGAAAGGUUGGGAAGCGAAAGGCUGUCGUUAAAGCUGACAAGGGUAUCAAACGACCAACAAAGAAAGAUUUGAAAGCCAAGAAAGAUCCCAACAAACCUAAGAGGCCUCCGAGUGCUUUCUUUGUUUUCCUCGAGGAGUUCAGAAAGGAGUACAAAAGGGAAAAUCCUAAUGUGAAGGCAGUAUCUGCAGUCGGAAAAGCUGGAGGAGAGAAGUGGAAAUCCUUAAGUCAUGCAGAAAAAGCACCAUAUGAAGCCAAGGCAGCUAAGAGGAAGGCUGAAUAUGAAAAGCUUAUGAGGGCAUAUGACAGCAAGAAGGCCAGCGCAGCAGAUGAUGAAGAAUCAGAGAGGUCAAAAUCUGAAGUGAAUGACGAGGAUGAGGCCAGUGAGGAGGAGCAUCAAGAAGACGACGACGAGGAGGAUGAGGAUGAUGAGGAAGAUGACUAAAUUGAAAGCCAAGUUGUUUGUAUCGGCCAACCCAGCUGGUAGAGGGAGGAAGGUCACUUAUGUUCAUAUCUCUGCAUACUUUGUGUUCAUUUUGUAUUUGUGUGCAACAUGAUAACGUGUCAGGAUAUCUUUACUUGUUUAAAUGGUCUCCUCCUCCACUUUACAUCCCCUUUGUCUAAUUACAUUGUUAAAAUGUUUGGGUAUUUUGGCCUUUCUCUUUUGGUAACCAAUAUAAAAUUAUCAAAUACAUCUUUUGGAAGCUGUAAUUCCA